AUGACCUUGUUGGGAAGUGUAGCUCGGAAGUUACUUUCAACGUGCUAUUUUUACUUUGCAGAACCAUUGGACAGUAACAGCAUUAUGCAGAAACGCAAAAGUCGUACAGCAUCCGAGCUUUUCAAUACCAUUGGACAGUUCAGAAGAGGUUCCAAUGUCAAUUUCAACACCAUCAACGGUGCAAAUCAACAGGGCUUUCUCACUGACCGAAAUAUCAGCGGCAAUACUUUGUUGGCACAUUCGCCACUUCAUGAGAAUCAAGGCGAACGAGGGCCGCUGGCCUCUCUAUUGUACAGUCAAACUGAAAGCCAUGAAGUGCCUGUGCAUUCACUGGCGAAACGUGCUGAGGUUUUGGCUUCAAAACUUCAUCUGGACGAUGUCGCCAUAGAUCCGGCACCGUUCCAGCUCGUCAAAGGCACUUCUCUCUAUAAGGUACAUACGUUGUUUUCACUGUUGGCACUGAAUCAUGCCUACGUCACGGAAAAAGGACGACUUGUCGGUGUGGUUGCACUCAAAGAGAAACGCAAAAGUCGUACAGCAUCCGAGCUUUUCAAUACGAUUGGACAGUUUAGAAGAGGUUCCAAUGUCAAUUUCAACACGAUCAACGGUGCAAAUCAACAGGGCUUUCUCACUGACCGAAAUAUCAGCGGCAAUACUUUGUUGGCACAUUCGCCACUUCAUGAGAAUCAAGGCGAACGAGGGCCGCUGGCCUCUCUAUUGUACAGUCAAACUGAAAGCCAUGAAGUGCCUGUGCAUUCACUGGCGAAACGUGCUGAGGUUUUGGCUUCAAAACUUCAUCUGGAUUGGCGAGCUCAAAGAGGUAAGCUUAUCGUUCUAGCAUAUUAUUUAUAA